AUUUCUAAAACUUCUGUUUAUCAUUUUUUAAUUUUAAAUAUACAUUUGAUUUUUGAAUCAAUGAGCAUGUAUCAAAUCAAGGUUAAAUUUGUCCAACAUAGGACCUUAAUACUAACCUUGAAAUUAAUUUAACCAUGAUAAUCAAGGUCUAAUGAAAUUCAAAACGGGAGGUCUAGGGUCCACACCGUAAUAACGAUUUAUCGCAUGUUGUGUAAAUAGGAUUUCCCAUUUAGUUAUGCUCAUAAUCCAGAGUUGAAAUCGAUAUAUCUGUGCUAACUUAGAUAUGAAUAAAUGAUGUGAUAUCACCCCUUCAUCUGUAUUGUCGACACCAAAAUAGAAGUAAAAUGGCAGAUAACAAGAAACAGAUAAUGCAAGCAAGAUGGUAUUUUGGCGGUUUAGCUUCAGCAGGGGCUGCAUGUUUUACUCAUCCCCUAGACUUACUGAAAGUUAUGCUACAGACACAACAAGAAGGCAAAUUAUCUGUAGUACAACUUACCAUUAAUAUUGUGAAAAAACAAGGAGUGAGAAGCCUUUAUAAUGGACUUUCAGCUUCGUUUUUACGGCAGAUGACCUAUUCUACAACUCGAUUUGGAAUAUAUGAAGUUGCUAAACAGUCCAUACAGGGAGAUACAAGUUUUUUGACAAAAGUUGGAAUAGCGGGUAUGGCAGGAGCUGCUGGUGGUUUUAUUGGUACACCUGCAGAUAUGGUUAACGUCAGAAUGCAAAACGAUAUUAAACUUCCCCAGGAAAAAAGAAGAAACUAUAAACAUGCAGUUGAUGGUCUUUGGAGAGUUUAUAAAGAAGAGGGUGUUGUUAGGUUAUGGUCUGGAGCUUCCACUGCUACUAGUCGAGCUGUGUUUAUGACAAUAGGACAGUUAUCCUUCUAUGAUCAAGUUAAAAAAUUGCUCUUAGAGACACCCUACUUUGAAGAUAAUAUUAUGACACAUUUUGUUUCUAGUCUAACAGCUGGUGCCAUAGCAACUACAUUAACACAGCCAUUAGAUGUACUGAAAACUCGAGCAAUGAAUGCAAAACCAGGUGAAUUCAAGAGCCAAUGGGAAAUUAUUACCUACACUGCCAAGUUGGGCCCCUUAGGGUUCUUCAAGGGUUAUGUUCCAGCAUUUGUGAGGCUGGCUCCUCACACAAUCCUGACAUUCAUGUUCCUAGAGCAACUGAGGAUUAAUUUUGGAUUUGUUAAAGAAUACGAAAAUUUGUAACUUUACCACUAUUAGAAUCGAAAUAUUUGAAGAUCAAAUUUUAACUUAAUUAUUUAUUAAUAAUGGAUAUAUUUUAUAUUUGUUACAAUUUUUUUUAUAAUUGUUAUCAUUUUUUUAUAUUUAUUGAUGUUGAAGUGACCAAGAAUUGCAUUUUAUCUUUCUUAUGAUUCAGGGCUAAUCAGGGUUAGGUAAAUAUAUUUAUUUUUAUAUAAGUACGACAGAGAUAGACAUUUUAAUGUAGUCCUUGUAAUUUAUUCAAGAUAAAAAAAUAUUGUGC